AGCGUUUAUAAAGGUCCUUUCUGUCCUCUUUCUUUUUCUUGUGCUCUUCUGUAUACCGCAUAUCCACCAUGUCUCUCCAAGAAAGCACAUCAUUGCCCGUUCGCACGUCGAAGCAGUCGGUGACACACCCACUUGCGCCACUGUCAGCACAAGAGAUUCAAGCGGCCUCUUCUCUGAUCUACAACCAAUGGCCCGAGAACACAGACCUCCAGUUCAAGGUCAUCACACUCAAUGAACCGGCUAAGGCUGAGAUGGUCCCCUACCUGGAGGCCGAGUUCCAGGGGCAACGCCUUCCUAGCAUUGACCGUAGAGUUAUGGUCGCCUACUACAUUCGCAAGACUAACAAACUCCACGAAGCCGUCGUCAACCUUUCCACAUCGACCGUCGAGAGCAACGCCAGACUCGGACCCAACGUACACGCUGCAGGAGAUGGAGAAGAAAUACUGGACAUUGAGAAGCUGGCUCUUGAGGAUGAGGGUGUACAAGCAGAGAUUGCGAAGCUACAACUUCCCGAAGGCACCGCUGUUGUCUGCGACCCCUGGAUCUACGGCUCGGACGGUGUCGGUGAUGAUGAGCGCAUGUACCAGUGCUUCCUGUACAUGCGUGACCCCAAGAACACCGACGAGCUGGACUCGAACCAUUACGCCUUCCCCCUGGCCAUUUCCCCUGUUCUCAGUGCCGAUCAACGCAAGGUCAUCCGCAUUGACAUUAUGCCUACUGGCAAGGACAACACCAUCAAGCCCACACAGCCCUGGAAGCCUGUCCACGCCAACGAAUACAUCCCUGAGGCUCAGGACUUGCGUUCCGACCUGAAGCCCCUUCAAGUUUUGCAGCCUGAGGGCGCCAGCUUCAGCGUUGCUCAGGAAGGCACUUCAUACACUAUGGAGUGGCAGAAGUGGUCGUUCCGCGUCGGCUUCAAUCAAAGAGAGGGCAUGGUUCUUUACAAUGUCCGUUACGAUGGUCGCAACGUCUUCUACCGUCUCUCCUUGUCCGACAUGUCUAUCCCCUACGGUGACCCUCGUCACCCCUUCCACAAGAAGGCUGCAUUCGAUCUUGGUGAUGUUGGUGCCGGUAUCAUGGCUAAUGACCUGAAGCUGGGAUGUGACUGCCUUGGCUCCAUCCAGUACCUUUCCGGCAUUGUGUCCAACGACAAGGGCGAGGCUGUUGAGAUGCCCAACUGCAUUUGUGUUCACGAGCAAGACGGUGGUAUUGGCUGGAAGCACACCAACUACCGUACCGGUCGUGCUGCCGUUGUCCGCAACCGUGAACUCGUUCUCCAGAGCAUCAUUACCGUUGCCAACUACGAGUACAUCUUGGCAUUCAUGUUCAACCAGGCCGGUGAACUCACCUACGAGGUCAGAGCUACUGGUAUCCUCUCAACUCAGCCUAUCGACGACGGCAUCAGCGUCCCUUGGGGCACUGUCGUCCACCCAGGGGUCCUGGCAACCCACCACCAGCACAUCUUCUCCCUCCGCGUCGACCCCGCCAUCGACGGCCACUCCAACCGCCUCGUAUACGACGACGCUCUCCCUAUGCCCCGUAGCGACUUCAACCCCCACGGCACAGGCUACUACACCGAAGAAACCCUCGUCUCGCAAUCCGGCGGCUACGACCUCAACCCCGACACCAACCGCACCUUCAAAAUCCAAAACGUCAACGUCCGCAACCCCAUCAACAACAAGCCCGUAGCCUACAAGAUCCACGCUCCUCCAUUCCAAAAAGGUAUCGCCGACAAGGACUCCUUCAACUACAAGCGUGUCGAAUUUUCCGACCGCAAUAUCUACGCCGUCAAGCACCGCGACGGCGAACUCUACGCCGGCGGCAAAUACACAAACCAAUCUCGCGGCGGUACCGGUGUGCGCAGCUGGGCUGACCGCAAAGACAACAUCGUCGACGAAGACUUGGUCGUAUACGUCCAAUUCGGCAUCAACCAUAUCCCUCGCAUCGAAGACUUCCCCGUCAUGCCUUGUGAGAUCAUCAAGGUGUCGAUGAAGCCUGUCAACUUCUUCGACAAGAACCCCGCUUUGGAUGUGCCGCCCAGCACACAGGAGUUCAACAAGAGUACGCUGCUUAGUGAGACGCAUAAGCAACCUACUGUUGAAGGCAUUGUUGGUAGCUCUGGCGACGUGUGCUGCAAGACUACUACUGGUAGCAAGUUGUAGAUUUUGAUCUAGAAGAUAUGAUGAUAUUAUGAUAGUUUUUUUUUUGGACAAAUUGCAUCGAUGUUGGUCUACGU